AUGCCGAUCCAAAACGAAGUAGGAGACUAUGUGUUUCUAAAGAUCUCCCCUAGGAGGGGGUUGAUGAGGUUUGGUAGAAGCAAAAAAUUAUCUCCCCAAUUUAUUAGCCCAUUUGACAUCAUAGAGCGGAUAAGAGAAGUUGUAUAUCGUCUUGCCUUACCACCACAACUCUCUAGAGUGCACAAUGUAUUUUAUGUGUCAAUGCUCCGUAAGUAUGAACCCGAUCCUUCUCACGUCCUUGAUUGGACGGAUAUUGAAGUUGAUGAGGAUGAGGAUGCGUCUUCUGAGGAAAGACCAAUUCAAGUCCUAGACACCCGGGAGCAAGUAUUGAGGGGCAAGACCAUUCCAUUAGUCAAAUUGUUGUGGCAUCAUCAUGAUGUUGAGGAAGCGACUUGGGAGCUUGAAGCCGAUGUCUACGAAAUAUACCCAAAUUUAUUCCAAAAUAUGUGA